AUGUUUUUUUUACGUUUUCUUACAGACCUUCAUGCUAAGUUGGGUGAAUUCUGUGAGACAGCUCACCCAGGGGAGAAUACGUACGCUCGCUUUGAUUAUGAUGUGACCAACACAAAUAAAAGAUGGCGGUGUUACACUAGGGAAUCCCUUACUGGAGAUCGGGCGCGCUUUAACGGGUCGCCCUCUCGAUUCUAUACCCAUCACUCCGGCCUUACAGCUAUUGUUGAAGGUACAGUGCUUUUAAACACGUUAAAACUCUGGUUGUUCACGAAACCUUAUUGAUAUAACUGCUACGUGCUACUUGUAGGCAUAGAUAAAGUAGCUCGCGUGCAUUGUUAAUUGUUGACGUAAUUUAGGCUACUUCCACACAAAUCCUGAUAUUUUUAAGACCGCAUACUUUUUUACACGAAUCGGCCUUGCGUCCACACGAAACCAGUGAAUCCGGACUGCACCGGAACCGCAUUGGUUUGAAACCGCUCUCCAGAGUGGUUUCAGGUCUGGUUCACACGACUCUGGAUAAGAAAAUAUAUGGGUUCAAAAAUAUCCGGUUUCUUGCCGACCUAGCCCUAGCUUAGUGCACUAAUGAGCGAACGCAUAUCAUUCCAAUUUCUUUAUUAGCUAAUAAUGUUCUAGGAAACGCUUUUUGUAUGUUUUUAUGUUUGUAAAUCGUCCGAUAUUAACACGCGCCUGUGCCGUUGACUGGGCUCCGUACAUUAUUUAACAUUAUUUAACCAGUCUGUUUUUCACAGAUGACGUCAAAAUGUGGUAAAACAGACGACCUUCUAUUAUUGAACAGACCCUCGGCAACAUGGAAUCUUUUGUUUGACUGUUCAGAAAAAAAACGAGGAUUUGUGUUAGUUUAGGCAUUGUUGAAGUCCCAAACUCUACUUUUCGUGUCUGCUUCUUCUUUUUCCCUUAAUCUUACUUGUAGUAAGUUUCUUCGAAACGUUCUUUCCAACAUCUUUUCUUGCUCAAAGCAGACUAAUAGAGAAAACAUUUUGCAAAACAGCAAAUCUCUCGUAGCGAUGACACACGAUCGCAACUGUUGAUAAGGCAUUCUCAAGUUGUCAAGAACUCUUUUUGCCUCCCUUUCUCCUUUUUUCGUCUUUUUAAAUAGCUCCUGCUGAACGUUUUGAAAUGACUGUUCCACCAAACUGUUCCACCAUCACUAUUCCAGUGUUAAACCACACUGAUCCACUAUCACUGUUUCACCGUUCCACCAACACUGUUCCUCCAUCACUGUUCCACUGUUCCACAACACUGUUCCACCAUCACUGUUCAACCACGCUGUUCCACCAACACUGUUCCUCCAUCACUGUUCCACUGUUCCACCACACUGUUUCACCAUCACUGUUCCAGUGUUCCACCACACUGUUCCACCAUCACUGUUCUACUGUUCCACUGUUUCACCACUGUUCCACCACACUGUUCCACUAUCACUGUUCCAGUGUUCCACCACACUGUUCCACCACACUGUUCCACCACACUGUUCCACCAUCACUGUUCCACCACACUGUUACACCAACACUCUUCUUCCAUCACUGUUCCACUGUUCCACCACACUGUUCCAGUGUUCCACCACACUGUUCCACCAACACUGUUCCACCAUCACUGUUCCACUGUUCCACAACACUGUUGCACAACACUGUUCCCCUGUUCCACCACACUGCUCCACCAUCACUGUUCCACCACACUCUUUCACCACACUGUUCCACUAUCACUGUUCCAGUGUUCCACCACACUGUUCCACCAUCACUGUUCCACUGUUCCACCACACAGGUUCACCAUCACCGUUCCACUGUUCCACAGUCACUGUUUCACUGUUCCACCAACACUGUUCCACUGUUCCACCGUUCCACCACGCUGUUUUACCAUCACUGUUCCACCACACUGUUCCACCAUCACUGUUCCAGUGUUCCACCACACAGAUCCACUAUCACUGUUUCACUGUUCCACCAACCCUGUUCCACCAACACUGUUCCACCAUAACUGUUCCACUGUUCCACAACACUGUCCACUAUGACUGUUCCACCGUUCCCCCAAACUGUUCCACUGUUCCACCACACUAUUCCACCAUAACUGUUUCACUGUUCCACCACACUGUUCCACCAUCACUGUUCCACUGUUCCACAACACUGUACACUAUUAUUGUUCCACUGUUCCACCACACUGUUCCACUGUUGCACCACACUAUUCCACCAUCACUGUUUCACUGUUCCACCAUCACUGUUCGACUGUUCCACCACACUGUUCCACCAUCACUGCUCCACUGUUCCACCAUCACUGUUCCACUGUUGCACAACACUGUUCCACCAACACUGUUCCUUCAUCACUGUUCCACUGUUCCACAACACUGUACACUAUCAUUGUUCCACUGUUCCACCACACUGUUCCACUGUUGCACCACACUAUUCCACCAUCACUGUUUCACUGUUCCACCAUCACUGUUCGACUGUUCCACCACAUUGUUCCAUCAUCACUGCUCCACUGUUCCACCAUCACUGUUCCACUGUUGCACAACACUGUUCCACCAACACUGUUCCUUCAUCACUGUUCCACUGUUCCACAACACUCUACACUAUCAUCACAACACUGUUCCACUAUCACUGUUUCACUGUUCCAACAACCCUGUUCCACCAUCACUCUUCCAAUGCUCCACAACACUGUUCCACUAUCACUGUUUCACUGUUCCACCACACUGUCUGAGUGUUCCGCCACUCUUUUCCACCAUCACUCUUGCAGUGCUCCACCACACUGUUCCACUAUCACUGUUUCACUGUUCCACCAACCCUGUUCCACCAACGCUGUUCCACAAUCACUUGUCCACUGUUCCACAGCACCGUUCCACUAUCACUGUUCCACUGUUCCACUGUUCCACCACACUAUUCCACCAUCACUGUUUCACUGUUCCACCACACUGUUCCAGCAUCACUGUUCCACCAGCACUGUUCUACUGUUUCAACACACUGUUCCACCAUCACUGUUCCAUUGUUCCCCCACACUGUUCCUGUAUCACUGUUUCACUGUUCCACCAACACUGUUUUACUGUUCCACCACACUCUUCUACCAUCACUGUUUCACUACACUUUUCCACCACACUGUUCUAGCAUCACUCUUCCACCGUUCCACCACACUGUUCCACCAUCACUUUUCCUCUGUUCCAGCACACAGUCUCACCAUUACUGUUCCACUGUUGCACGAUCACUGUUUUACUGUUCCACCAACACUGUUCCACCGUCGCUGUUCCACUGUUCCGCCAACACUGUUCUACCAUCACCGUUCCACCGUUCCACCACAGUGUUCCACCAUUACUUUUUCACUGUUCCACCACACUGUUCCACCAUAACUGUUCUAGUGUUCCACCACACUGUUCCACUAUCACUGUUUCACUGUUCCACCAACACUGUUCCACCAUCACUGUUUCGCUGUUUCACCACACUUUUCCACCAACCCUGUUCUACCAUCACUGUUCCACCAUUCCACCACGCUGUUCCACCAUCACUGUUCCACCAUCACUGUUCCAGUGUUCCACCACACUGUUCCACUAUCACUGUUUCACUGUUCCACCAACCCUGUUCCACCAACACUGUUCCAUUAUCACUGUCCCAGUGUUUCACAACACUGUUCCACUAUCACUGUUACUGUUCCACUGUUCCACCAUCACUUUUUCACUGUUCCACCACCCUGUUCUACCAUCACUCUUCCAGUGUUCCACCACACUGUUUCACUAUCACUGUUUCAAUGUUUCACCAACAUUGUUCUACCAUGACAUUUCCACCGUUGCACCACUGUGUUCCACCAUCACUGUUCCACUGUUCCACCAUAACUGUUCUAGUGUUCCACAACACUGUUCCACUAUCACUGUUUCACUGUUCCACCAACACUGUUGCACCGUCACUGGUCCACUGUUUCACCACACUGUUCCACCAUCACUGUUCCGCUGUUCAACCACACUGAUUCACCAUCACUGUUCCACUCUUCCACCACAUUUCCACCUUCACUAUUGCACUGUUCCACCACACUGUGUUACAACCACUGUUCCACUGUUCCACCACGCUGUUCCACCUUUACUGUUGCACUGUUCCACCACACUUGUCCACCAACUCUGUUCCACAACCACUGUUCCACUGUUCCACCACACUGUUCCACCAUCACUGUUCCACUGUUGCACCAUCACUUUUUCACUGUUCCACCACACUGUUCCACCAUCACUGUUCCAGUGUUCCACCACACUGUUCCACUAUCACUGUUUUACUGUUCCAGCAACCCUGUUCCACCAACACUGUUUCACUGUUCCACAACAUUGUUCUACUGUUUCACCACACAGUUCCACCAUCACUGUUCCACCGUUCCACCACGCUGUUCCACCUUCACUGUUCUACUGUUUCACCACACUGUUACACCAUAAUUGUUCUAGUGUUCCACCACACUGUUCCACUAUCACUGUUUGACUGUUUCACCAACUCUGUUCCACCAUCACUGUCCACUGUUUCACCACACUGUUUCACCAACACUGUUCCACUGUUCCACCAACACUGUUCUACCAUUACUGUUCCACUGUUCCACCACAUUGUUUCACCGUCACACUUCCACUGUUUUACCACACUGUUCCACCAUGACUAUUCUAUUGUUCCACCACACUGUUCCACCAUCACUGUUCCACAACACUGUUCCACUAUCACCGUUCCACUGUUCCACCACCCAUUUUGUACCAUCACUGUUUGACUGUUCCACCGUCACUGUUCCACUGUUUUACCAUAUUGUUCCACUGUUCCACCACACUGUUGCACUACCACUGUUCCACUGUUCCACCACACAGUUUCACCAUGACUGUUCUAUUGUUCCGCCACACUGUUCCACCUUGUUGAAACAUUGAAGAUCGUUAGUCACGCCUUUUUGAGGUAUAGAUCAAAGGCGUCGAAACGUGAGGAGAGAAUUGAGAACCGUUUGUUUUACCACGUUUUGGUGCAAACCACAUGUUGGAAGUCGCGUUUGUUCUCUUAGUGAAAAGACUCAUAAUGAUAGAAAACAUAUGACACAUUUUCGUUCAUUUUUCUUUAGAUUACCCAUCUUUGAAGCUAGAGGCUUUGCUUCUCACAGCGAAGUUUCAUUUUCCUUUUGACGAUCCCAGGGACGUGCAUACCGCCAAGGAUAACUCUCUUAAAUGGUCUGGGGUCUUCCUUAGAAGAACUGCUGGUACUAAAGAUUACGCUGUAUCUACAAAUGGAGAGCUUCGUACGAUCUUUUUAUUUAACGAUACAGGCUGUAUUUCUGACCCUGAGCUCUGCGUACAAGGUCUUACUGUCUCCUUUUGGCUAAAGCACAGUAACAAAGAGGCUGGACAAACAUUUCUGUUUACUGGAGCAACUGAAACGGCAGACUCAAGAGGCUUGCGAGUUUUUCAGUAUAAUAGCUCUCUUGAUCAUGUUGCGAUAGAACUGCGCCAAAAAACCCGAACUUGUUUAUGGAUUUACAGUGCUCCAGAGAAUAUCUGGUCGCAUUUUGUACUUUCUUUCGAUGCCAGUAUUAUCAUCGGAACAUGCAGUUCUUUGAGCUUCUUUUUUAAUGGAGAGAGGCAAGAACCUUUAUAUUACGAUGUGGAAAGUCUUGUCCAUGCUUUUGUAUCACCAACUGCUCAGGUCGGAGACUCAUCGAAUGGCUUGCCCAUUGCUUCGUUCGACGACUUGGUAAUUUGGUAUGAAACGUUUGGCGACGCGGUCAUAACUCAAGUUUAUGAUUGUUAUAAAGGUAGAUUACGGCCUAGCUGCAUCAAUGUAAUCCUUUGAUAUUAGAGAGCUUUAUAUUCCGAGACGAGGAUGACUACGAGUACGAGAUUUUCUCAGUACUAAGUAGUGCUUUUGCGGAACCAAGUCAUUUUGGCGGAAACAAGUUAUCAAAUUUUUGAAGUUAAAUCAUUUUGCAACCCGGAAAGGGCUAAACCUUCUCCAAUAAAAAUAACCGCACUAAUUUUUCAGGUAAAAAAUAGUACAGUGAAGCUUUCCGGGCUGAAUAUUUUUGACAAUACGCGGCAAAACUUUAAGAUAACUCUCGUACUCGGUGUCGUCCUCGUCCUUAAAUCUAAAGCUCUCUAUUACGUGUUACAGAAAACGAUUAAGGCUAGGUUUGGACUAGAAAAGGUGUUUUCUUUUUCGAUUUGUAAAGAAUCCGAAACAGUUUGGAAUUGGACUCGUAUGUAGUUUACACGCAGUCAGAUCGCGUGCAUCUGAAAUAAAACGUUCCCGGGACACGUUCCCGGAGAUUUUUUAAUCCUGAAUCUUCAGUGACUUAUCCGAAAGAAUUUUCUCAGAUAAAAUAAUGUGUGUAAAGGGUUGCGAGAGCGAAUAUCCUAAAUGUGAUCGUAAAUUCGGAGACAUUUUUAAAUCUGAAAAAUGUUUCUCUAGUAUAAACGUAACCUAAGAGGGCUUGAUCAAGUACUUCAAAAUUUCUUGAAAACUUCAUUCAUAAGUCAUAACGAAAAUUGCAAAAAUAAAAGUAACUAGGUGUUUCUGCACCUUAAAAACACGGGUAUGAUGUUUUUUCUCGAACCUUCUCUACUUGGGCAUCAUACGAACCGAAAUCUCUGCAUGUAUAAACUCAACGUAAAGUUGAUCCGCCUUCUAGGAUCUUCCUGGUACUAGAAUCUUCUUCCCUCUAUGUAAACAUCCCCUUUUGUCCCUAGCGUAGCCUUUGUAAAGGGGUUCGAUUGCCUAGCUUUUAUUCAUAGUUUUUACUGAUCAGUUAUUAGGUCAAAUAUUUUCUUCGCAGCUACCUUUUCCACGGUAACUGUAAGAGUGGAGAGAGAGAUUUUCACUAAUCAAGCUGCGUCGACAUUCGUCGACUUUGAAAGAAUGGAGAGCGUAACGUCGUCAUUGAUAUCUGAGGUAUAUCUGAGAGUUAACUGUAGUAUUACUUUUGCAUUGACUCCCCAGUAGAGUAAACACCCGCAUAUAAGAACACAAGAUUUCGGAGGUCAGGCUGAUUGAGUUCUUAUUUAUCGGGUGCUUAAUGACAAAUCAGCCUCCAAAUGUUGUUAAAUUUUGAUUUAGUAAUACUAUCCAAAACAUGUUGCUAGAGGUAUAUUUAGCAUAUUUUAGGAAAAGAAAAUAAAUAAUUAUUCUGUAAUUUGAUUAUAUUAACAAAUGAAGUCUGACAUCAAACAUAAAAUUACAUGUUUUGUAAUUAUGACACUUUUUCCAUUUUAUAAGAACAUGUCACAAUUUUCAGGCUGAUCUUGUUCUUGGGGCUUUAUUGGCUAAAUUUCAGCCUGGUGUUCUUAAUCCAUUUGUUCUUAUAUGCGGGUGUUUACUGUAAUCUGACGUCCUCUCCUUCACCUAGAGAAAAGAAUGCUGCCCAUUUUUUUUGUAAUCAUGACCGAAAGUAAUGCUGUUUUGAAUUAUUUUUUAAAAUUUCUUUGCCAGAUAGCUACUCUUGUUGGCGAGAAUAACGUUUCAAGCGUGGCAGUGAACAAAUAUGAAUUCGCAAAUAUCGGGUGAGAAUUAUUAGCAUUUUGUUUUUACUUUGUAACUUAUACCUUAUUUUCAGGUGUGGACAUGGAUGUGAAGCUUGCCAGGAAGAAAAUGUAUAUUCUUUUGGCGGAGGAUUGAAAGGGGGAGGGUGAUGGUCAAAAGGACCCUAACUUUAUUUCUAACUGAAAUAAUCACUUAAUAUAUCUAAAAAUUUAAUUGAGUCUUUGGUUAAUGCAGAACUCUUUUUAUUUAACAGAACAAAAACCCACUCAGCUUACCUAACCGUUGUUUUUGACCAGAGGAGUGGGGCCGCGUUGGACCCGCUUCGAGCUGGAACAAUUCUUUCCACUAAUUCAUGGACGGUAGUAGAUAUUCAGUCUAAUGAAGGUACGCUUUGUGACUGUAUGUCAACAUGCGGAGAUAUAUUUUGCAUCGCGGGUAUUACCGAAAUAGUGAAUGUCCAAGUUUUCACGUAGAUAACACAGAAAAUAUUUGACAACAAACCCUUUUCUUUCCUCACAUGUCUUAAAAUCAGAAAUCUGCCACACCAAAAUGUACCGUUGCGAAAAAUACACGAGUUUGUUAGGUUAUUUUUCAAAUAUUUUCAAACAAGUCUCCCUUGCUCGUACCAAAUGAUUUCGUGAAUUUCUUAAAGAAAAAAAGAAGGCCAAGGGUGCCGGGCUGUAAAGGCUCUUCAUUUUGAGAUGAUUUGCUUCUCUGUUUAUUCAGUGGACGUUAAGGGAAUUGCCUUUUCUGCGUCGAAUAUGACAAGCAUAGGUUCGGUAAAUGUCACCAUGGAAAGCUCGUAUGUGGAGAACUUAACAGGCAUCUUUCAAGGUUACGUUGUUUUCUACAAAGAGGUGGAAGAAGAACAAUUCAAAUCUAAGCGCAUAUUAUCUGCUAAAAGGUCCCACUUGAUUACGGGACUCAAGGAUUGGACGGCAUAUCUGGUGUUUGUGAGGGUUGUGACUCUAAACGGAGCUGGGAGCAAAAGUGAAUCAAAGCUUGUGUGGACGAAAUUUACUGGUAGGUCAAUGAUAUGAACACGCCUUGUUUUUGUUCUCGGUAGUUGACUGGAAUUAGCAUGCCUUUCAAGUUGGGCUAAUUCGGUUGAGGAUGAUUAAAAGUCAUCUUUAGAGACCCAGGAGAGGUUGGUCAAAUGAGAGUCACAAACCAACUAUAGCAUGCAGAUAGAAAGAUAUACUCAGAAUCAGAUUGGCCUCAGGACUGCGCUUAUCAUAGUAGAGACAAAACAAGAGGGUAUGUGAGAAGCCAUCUUCGGUGAGCCAGAUGUCCCUAUAUUUCCGAGAGAAGACGGGGGAAACGUUACCCUGCAUCAUUCUCGAAGGCCCAGGGACUGUCUGUCGGGUUGGGAGGAACAGGCUCGUCACCAAAGAAACCAAACAAUAAAGUUCCCCAGGGAACUUUAUUGUUUGGUUGCGUUGUUUCUUUUGUUGUACGUAAUGUGUGCCUCGGUACCUACAGAAGGAACCCCAGAAACGGCGCGACGAAAGUUUUCAAGUUUGCGUUUCUCCCGAUCUAAGAAGCAACCCAUUUACUUCUUGUGUUUCCUUUAUUAAUUAUUAAUUUCUUAUUAAUUUUCAAACUGUGUUUCAGCUCCAUCAAACGUCACAGCAUACAAUGUGAAUAACAGUCUAGAGGUUCACUGGGUGAAUUUUAACUCCUCGGCUGUGAGGCAGUACAGAAUAAUGGCGUCUCGUGCUGAUGAUCCCCUGGACAUUCCUUGUGACGUCAAAGUUCCUGCUGAUCCUGGUGCCGUAGCUGUUUGCGCGAAUUUGGAAUCAUCGGUCAAUUACAGUGUGCGCGUUGCAGCAGAGGGGUUCGUAAUUGGCACCUAUUCACAACCAGUAUUCAUUGUGCAUGAACGAAACGGUACGUUACUUAAUAAGCCUGCAAUUUUGGCAUUAACAGAGAACGCUUUUCUUUCCGUCGUUUUCUUUUCGAUAUCAAAUGUUCAGUUCGUAAAAGAGCUAGAAGAAAAUAAACGUAAAAGAAAUGUGUUGAUCAGGGGUCAAUUUUAUUAAAAACCUUUACAAGUGUAAUUUACAAGUGUCCGAAAAAAUAGCUCCUGCAAAAUUCCGAAAAUAAGCCCCUCCAUGUAUAAGCCCCUCCAAAUAUAAGCCCCCCAAGUCCCCCGGGGGCUUAUACUUGGAAAAUUGCCUUCAAAUACAAAGUAAAAGAAAGCAAAAACGGUAAUUUUACUUCCAACUAUAAGGCUAGCCCAAUCGGUUUUGAAACGCAAAUUUCCCUCCUUCGAUUAGCCCCUCCAAAUAUAAGCCCCUCAAAAAGGGCCUUUGAAAAAUGUAAGCCCCGGGGCUUAUUUUCGGAAUUUUACGGUAUACUUGUAAAUUACACUUGUAAAAGUUUUAUUAAUUUUGACCCCAGGGAGAAAAAGUACUGUUAACAGUCUAGAAGAAGUUCAUCGUCAUUCAUCGGAUUAUAAACUAGAAAAUAUUCUUAACAGGUCUUUUGCAAUAGUUAGUCACGUGAUCAGUUUCCUAAAAACUCGAAGACAAUUCGUUUUGGAGUAAUGAUUUUAGCCGGAGCUGAAAGAGCAUAUUAAACUUAGAUAACCGGUACAUUUUGAGCCGUAUAUUUCGAAAGUAUCGACUGCAACACCUGCCGAAAAUCAGAAGGGUUUGUAUGGGAAAAACAUAACAACUCUUGCCACCCAGUCCCGUUUGAGUGGUUUCCUAUACAAAUCCUUGUACAUUUUGAAAUCCUUAAACUGUCAUAAAAUCUUUCUCUUAAGCACUAGGGGACUCAAAUUUCUCUGUUAUCAACAAAUUGAGGCUUUCUUUUUCACUUUGCAAUGUUAUUUACAGUCAGCUUGGAUCAGCCUCCAACAGAACUAUACGCGUAUGCUUAUAGUACGACCACCAUAGCUGUUUCCUGGUCUCCAAUCUCUUUCGAGACUCUACUGGGUUACGUCAUUUUCUACGCACCACUUGCGCCCUCUGCACAGACUCGAAAAAGAAGAAGUCUUGUAGUUUCUUCCGAGUUAAAUGUGACCAUAACAUCUCCUGAGCAGAACUCAACCUUCCUUAUUGGACUGAACCAGUUUUAUAAUUACUCAGUUCAAGUUGCUGGAUUUACGCAGUCGAAGAUUGGUCCCAGGACGGGCGCAGUUUUUGUAAUCACCAACCAAACUGGUAUGUGACAUCAUAAACCACUUGUUACAAAGUUUAAAAUAUGUUUUCGAAAUGCAGGGUUGUGUUUACAACAACUGUUGAUUUUCCGCAACUUCUUUGGUUAUAAAAUGCUUACCACGUGAUGCUGUCAAACGUGUAGCAUCAACAGAAAUCAUUGGUCCAAUGUGGGUGUAUAUAACAAUGAAUCAGACUGAGAAAGAGUGGAGCAAUGGUAAAAGCGGGGUCAGGUUUGGUUCGGUUUGUAAACGAUGGUUGUCCUUUUUGCUGGUUCUAUUCUUUGCUUUAAUUCGUCUUUCUAAUGGUCUCCCCUCUUCUCAUAAAACAACACAUUUUUGUAAUAACAGUCGAUCGAACUGGAUCCCACAAGGAUCGUUACAGAGUCCUUAUAAGUGGUUAUGUGCUCAGUGGGGAGGCGAAACUACCCACCUACCUUCUCCUAAGUAAGCCAACAUUUUGCCUUAAGUGAAAAGUAUGUGUUAAUGGUGGCUUAGGAGAGGCGUAGGCGGGCAAUUUCCUGGAAACCUAAAUUGAUCCAAUUUUAUUGCAUUAACAAAUGACAAUUAAAUGUUUCCUUUUAGUUCCCAUAGUUGCACCUACAAACGUGACGCUCGCUAGCUUAGACUCAACGACCAUUCAAGUUUGCUGGGAAAAAAUACCCUACUUUCCCACUCUAGAUGGGUAUGAAGUGCUUUACAAGCCGCUCAACCAAACAAACGUCAGCGAAUUGGUCACACUAACAAAUGCAGAAGUGUCUUCUGUUAUAAUACGUGUACUCGAGCCUUAUCAAACUUACAGUGUGACCGUUGCGGGUAAAACGAUCGCUGGGCUUGGACAUCGUAGCAUUCCUGAAACUUUGCAGCCAAAAAACUACACUAGUAAGUAUCAUUGCUGAAACUUCUCUAAUAGAGCGUUUUCAAAUGACGUCACGUCCGCCGUACUGGUGUACCAAAAGAAUGAAACGGCGACCAUGUUGGUGUUCCAAAGCAAUCCCCUGGGAGUUGAAGUUUUUCCUUAUGUAAAAACGAAGCCGCUGACGUUUGCAUUAGACAUCUACCUACUCAUUUUGUUGUACCUUAUAAAUGCAAAAGUCGAAUCCAGGUAGUAAAUAGAGUCUAUUGGUGUAUUUUUAGUGAUGAUUUUGCAGCGUCCAAAACUUGAAAAUUAUCUUGAACUUGAACGAAACCGCAAAGAUAUUUGGCUAAAAUAGAAAAAAAAGUGAUAAUUAACUAUAUGGAUGGUUUAGAUAAAAUAGAUUGCAAAGAAAACAAUGAAUGCAGACUUAGCUCCUCAGGAAUACGUUGCUGCAGUUGUUGUCUAUGUGAUUGUAGUGUGGCCCUACUUUUAUAUCAGUAUAGACGUUUUUAAUAAGUCUGGGCGCCAUCUUAAAUUUUUAAUGAAUGGCGUAAUUCAUUAAAAAUUCAAGAUUGCUUAUAUACUUGACAUUUACAUCAGCUGUAUAGUUAUUCUCACUCAAAGGUUUAACUUACAGAAGUUAUUUGCCUUAUUUAAGUCCCCAGAUUGACUGCCCAUUCCUCCGGAAACACAUCCAUCUGUGUUUGCUGGCUCGGGAACUUUGAUGACGCGUCAUCAUUAUCAAUGGUAUAUCGCGAUACAAGCUUGGACGGAACGUUGUCAAAGCGUGUAAACGUAACCGGGUCAGAACGUCAUGUUUUGAUAGAUGAUCUUGAUACGCAGACAAACUACAGCAUCUACUUUGAGCAAUAUGGUGGAUGCGCUAAGAAUCAGACGAGUGAGCCAGUCUUUGUGGUUACGGGAGAGAAUGGUAAAAAAUGUUACCGAUGAGCAUUUGUACAAUAUGUUUCCCCCCUUUUUAAGGGGGAGGGGGGAGGGGGCAGCAGGGAGGACCAAACUUGCCGCCUCUCUUACCUUGCUUUCCCGGCUCCUUCCCCUUUUUUUCUUAGCUUCUUCCCUUUAUCCCUUUUUCUAUAUCGAAAUAUCAUGCAUUGUUGCGUGAUUCCCCCUAUUUCUCCUGCUUCUCACCCUUCUAGAACUCCCACACCCCUCCCUUUCCCUCCCGCACCCUAACUCCUCCCUCCACCGAUUAUCCUGGGCUCCCCGCCCCUGUCCUCCGCCACUCUUUUCUUUUCUCAAUUUCGUCUUUCAAACUUGCUGUGGCGAACUAGCAUUCCAUCUAGGCGAAGCGGUUAUAAUCAAGUUUCUUCACCGUACGGCUGUAACUGCCCAUUUGCAGCAAUUUCCACUUUUUAAACAUGCCUUUGUCUUUCAGAUCCUUUGAAGCCGCCAGAAAAUAUUUCAGUACGUGUUCUAGGCUCUUCAACAGUACAUGUGGAAUGGUUGCCCCACCCUUCCCCCUUUGUGGAAGGGUAUUUCAUCCAAUACACCCAAGUACCUCUGAAGGACACGGUGAAUUUCCAACAAACCAACGUGACAAACCCAUCUGUGUACUUGAACGGGUUAACACCAUUAACCAAUUACAGUGUUGCGUUACGCACAGUCACCCAGUGUAGAAAUGGCUCUUGGAGCGAAAAUUUGCUUGUAGUCACAGAACAAAGCGGUGAGUCCCUUAUGGAACUCUCUCGUUUAAAUAUGUUAAUCGUUAACCUCACUUUUGUAUUGAACAAAAUAUUUUUCUACUAAGAAACGUCAGUCCCAAAAUGUCGGAGUUGUUUCAGCAUGAAUGAAACCCCAAUUAUCUUAGUUUUGACGUUUGAUCUUCACUGGAUUCGCAAGAGCCACCCUCGUAACACGUUAAUGACUUAAAAGUUGCAUUAAAUCCUUUACCACGGCAGGCCGACGAGCUUAGUCGGCAGGGCCAUUAACUGCAGAGCGGGAGGUCGUGGGUUGGAUCUUCGGGAACUUAAAAUAACUGAGAAAUGAAAGUACCGCCUUUGCCCUUCCAAUAGGUAGACCUCCUCUUGGCUCGGAUGACCACUUAAAAUGGUGGUCCUCCCGUCCCCAGUUGGAUACGUUAAAAUAGUGUCCUUGAUUAGUCAUCUUAUGCUAAAUCCAUUGACACUCAAGUUAAGUGUGCGUUUUGCGUUUAGAUGAUGUACUUUACACCUCCAGUUUAAUUCACAAAUAGCCCUCUAAAUGCCCAUGUUAAAGUCACGUGAUUUAUCUUGUCACCAGGCCCCUCUCAUCCACCAGUGAACGUGUCAGGCGAACGACUCUCUUCUACAAGCUUGUUUAUUUAUUGGGCGCCAGUCCCUUUGCAACAUCGAGGUGGAUUGAUUCUAGGCUACAACGUGUCAUUGUGGACGCCUGGAAACGACAGCUCUACGAACAUCACAUUAACGACAGAGAGGGAGGAAAUACCAAUCAAAGGUCUUGAUAAGUUUACUCCUUAUUUGGUGACGGUUUCAGCUUUCAAUGAGUUUGGCGAUGGUGUCUUCAGUGAUCCCAUAGAGAUAUGGACAGAUGAAGAUGGUAGGUGAAAAACAAAGAGGCUUCGUAUCACCUUUUACCCCUGGGGCUUCAGUUUUCUUGCUAUUGUAGUUUCACCUCAAAGUAACGUUACGCAGUCUUUAUUUGGUCAUUGGUCGUUCGAAGUUUUCAUUACUGAGUGGCCUCAUGUAAUACAAUCCGGAUUUUGGAAUCCAGAGAUUUCUCCUACGGAAUCCGGAAUUCAAACAUUUUUUUCUUGUGGAAUCAGGAAUCCUGGUCUUUGGAGUCCAGAAUCCCGCUAACGAUUGGAAACCGAAAUCCAGUAUCUGGAAUCCAGAAUCCAAUACUGUCUUGCAUGGAGGUCAAACAGCACCUCACUGAAUGGCUCACACAAUUGGCUGUGAAAACAACAGAAUAACCACACAAACAAUAACCCUAACCCUCAACACAAAAGCCAAUAUUGUUUUAGACGACAGCUUAAAUUAGAGGUUCUUGUGAGGUAUUGGACUACUCUAAAUGGGGCGAGAUGACAAUGGUGGUAUUAAAGAAGUCAGUGACUUAUAUUUUGAAAACUAGUGGCCGCUGUUUCUCUUUAUUCAUGGUGGUUACUUUGGAAAAGGGACGUAUGUGAGCUAGAGCAGGUCCCGUAGCUUUUCUGGUAUAAAUCGGGUCUUACAUGCUAUCAAGCUCUUUGAAUUGAACACAACUUAGUAUCUUAGUCAAAAGUAUUAAUAUUUAUUCUUACUUGAAGUUCCCAGCCUCCCUCCGCAGGAACUGACGGCCGAAAAUCACACUUCUCUCUCCACCAUUCCUGUGCACUGGCGUCCAAUUCCCGCACAGAAUGUUCAUGGUAUACUGCGUAGCUAUCACGUGCGCGUCACGCCCGUUAAGUUAGCUGACGGAACGAAUCUUAACGGAGAACCAAAAGUUGUGAUUGUUUCCAACGACACUCUGUCUACUGUUAUUGAUGGCCUCAACCGAUAUACCACUUACAAGAUAGAGGUCUGGGGAGAGACUAUAAAAGGAGAAGGACCUCCGGCUAUUACGUAUGCAGGUACAUUACCUAUAACACAGUCUUGUCUGAGAUCUCUUGACCGAAACACUACGUGCUUAAGGGGACAGUGUCUUUGAUGAAACAUCGUAUUUUAAGGUUUUGAUGGAAGCUUUUUAGAGUGUUCAGUAGUACAGUCAACUCUUUUUAAGACGGACACCUUGGGGACCUGCGGUAUGUGUCCGUCUUAUAGAGAGUCAAAGAAAGGCAGGGACCAACUCUGAGUGUCCGUUUUACAGAGGUGUCCGUUAAGAGAGAGUAGACUGUAUUUUUUUACGCACAGACAAUAAUGAACAGUACCGUAGCAAUGCAGUUCUAUUCUAAAUUGCGAUUCUCCAAAAUAUGUUGUUAGAGAGAGUCACAGUCACGCUUAUGUAAAACGGCAAAAAUAGUUCUAAAACGUGCAGCUAAAACAGUCCAAGACAUAUGUUAUAGACAAAACAAGCCUGAAGCUACUAAUUUUGGGGGUAGAAGAAAUGAACAGUAAAGCACAAGUUAAGGUCACGUGGUACAAAUUCACGUUUGCCGUAAGCGUGACUCUAAAUCUGUUGAUUCGCAAUCUCUCAAUCAGUUUAUCCAUUCUGUCAAGGACCUAUUAAAAUUAGGUCAGCGAAAGGAGAAUCUCACACUUAGCUACGCAAUAACGUCUUGCGAGGGCACUGCCAUAUUCCUCUUGUCUUAAGAUAAAAGCCCUAUUUUUUGUCUAUAGAAACAUGCGACUGCCAUAAGAGAAUAACAGCCAACUGGAUGUUCUUCCCGCCAUAUGUUGAUCACGUCUCCAACCGAUCGACUUCCAGUGCUUCCAUUGGUGGAAUUAUUCCACCAAUAAUAGAAGACAUCGUGUUCACGUGUUGUAGAAGUUGUAAAAAGUACGGCAAGUCUUACGUCGACUUUGGCGCAUACGGACUUUCAGAAAAUAUAAGUUACAACGAUAUGGUAAAAGGGAUUUCACAGGAGUUUGAUUUUUCUUUCCCGGUUUAUGGACUUAAAGGACAGACUGAGUAAGGGCAAAUUUCGUUAAUUCCUGAUAAUGUAACGAGUAUAGUUGAAUCUUGAUUUCUUGAACGUUCUGGGAAAAAGGAAAUUGGUUUGAUUUGAAUCAUCGAGUGAACAAAAAAUCUGGGGACAAAAACGUCCCAGUAGAUCGCGGGGAGCUCGUAACCAGCUUCCCUGUUCAACGUUGGAUUUUGAUAGCCUCCCUGAAUCUUCUCAUAAACAUUAUUGACAAUUGACAAUUGACAAUUUAUCGGUUUGAAGGACUAAACAAAAGGCUAAUUUAAUGUACAAGUGUAUUAAUAAUCUCGCCCCAGCUUAUCUCUGUAAUUUUUUUGCCCCAAGAACACCAAAUUACUAUUUUCGCAACGCGAAGAAAAAAGUAAUGCUCCCAAACCCAAGAACUGAUUACCUGAAGCGUAGCUUCAGUUACAGUGGCGCUCUUCUAUCGAACAAUCUUCCUGAGGAAAUGCGUACAUCAAAUUCCGUAGGUUUCUUUAAGAGAAUUUCCCAUAGAUGGUUUUCUGAUCAGUACUCCCACACGGCAAAUAGGUAACACAGUUUUUGAGAAUUUUUAAUUAAUUUUCUAUAUAAGACUGAUGUUUUUAACCGUGUUUAAAUAAAGUUACCAUUCAUUAAUUCUCGCAAGAAUCAAGAAGGGGUGAUAUCCUAGAUGUGGUCUGAACACAUUUAUUGUUUUCCUUUAUUUUUUUUUGUAGAUACAAGAACACCUUUAAAUUCAUCGAUCUGAUUGAGUCGCCUGGUAUAGCUCAUGUUAUCAAUACAGCCUCCUAUACUGAAAUAGGUAGUCACACAUUGCUUGCUGCCGUUUUGGGAGUGUGGCCUAUUGCGUCAGUUACCAUGGUAACUGUCUGUCUGGCUGGUGUGGUUAUAUGGAUUUUGGUGAGUUUUGAUUGCUUUGUUAUUCUUGAUCAAGUUACACUGAAUUGCAGUUUUUAAAUUUUCACGGCUUGAAAGAGGAUACUAAAUCUCAACCCACACUGAUGAAGAUAACGAUGAAAUUUUCUUUGUCGAGAUUGCACACAGCUGGUUGUUCUUGUCUCUUUUCAUCUUUUUGUCCCUGUAGAAUAAUUAUGAGGAGGUAGAGUUUUGGAAACGCCGGUUUAUUGCUUUCGUGUGGACGGACAAAAAUGGAGAUUUUCGAAUACGAUGGUGCCAUGCAUCAUUCAGCGCACACCCUGUGUAAGGGCAUGUGUGUAUAGUAUCGUCUUUCCACUUUUUAAGCGUUUUCGUCUGGGAAGGCGAAAACUAUUUGAAUACGCUACUAGCUCACGCUUUUACUUUUUUUUCGAAAAAAAAUCUUCGUUUUAAAAAAUUUCAGGAUUUGUGUGGACAAGGCCUAAGAAUAUUUUGUUAAAUGACUUGUAGGAAAGAAAAGAAAAUGCCGAACAGUUCAAGUCAUCCUUCAUACGGGGUACUGGAGAAGGCAUGUGGUGGUCGUAUAUCUCAGCUACUACAGUUGGGUAUGUAUUCAGUCGCUCAGAAUAAAGCCGCUGUUAGAUUGCAGGGUCGAUAUGCAGGAGAAGGUGUCAAAGGCUGACUCGUCCCCAGCCGUCGGCUUUUGUCUCCUAAUUAAAUAUUACCGAGGGAUGCGCGUGAAGAUGUGCGCGGGGAGGGGGAGAUGGGAAGGAGAGAAAAGAGGAGAGACUACAUGUUUACGGCAUCUCGGCAAAGGGGACGACGGGAAGGAAAGAGGGUAAAGGAAGAGAGUCCCGCGACCGUUCCAUGACCGCCUACAAAUGAUAAGAGACGACCGGGGACGAGUCAGUGUCAAAGAUGGAGAAUUAAACUUUCGAAAGUAAAAGAGAGAGAAAAGCAGGGCUUGAACAAAUUUGAAUUCUAGUUUGUCUACCUCUGACACGUAGCUUUAACGUUUUGCUUGCUCGGAAUAGUUGCAUGCUGGUCUUGGUUUAUAAAUUAGUUACAAGAUGACUUACCUGAACCCUUGCACAUUGCCAAGCAGCAAAAAAUACUCUACAUGAUGGUAAUUUUUUCGAGGACUGGCAUGGAAAAGAAUAUGGCUUCCGAGUUGUACUUCUCACUCAGUCUUGCUUUCUGUAAGACCCAUGUCCUUGAUGAAGGGUAUCGUAAAUGCUGAAGAAAAAAACUUUUUGUUAAUUGUGGCGUCGUUUGCCCAUGUUGGACGUUGUUGUGCAUUGCUCUUGAGAAAGAAUAAAGAGGAAGACCUAACUGAAUAGAGGUGGUCUUUGGAUUCUGGAAAGCCCUGGAAACAUUUGACUGGGCCGGAGCAUCCCAAGUGAAAGCGCAAUAGUUGAUUAAGGCUGAUUAAAGCGAAAAUAAGCGUUUCAAGGCCUGCAAAAAUCCGCACGAACCUUGAAAACUGUUCUGAAGAUACCGAAUGUCUGUGUGGGCAGUCAAGUAGCUAUUGAACUUUUUCUUUAUCAUUUCAGUUAUGGAGAUAGAGCUCCGGUAACGUAUUCUGGCAGAUUGUUUUCUGUGUUCUGGAUCCUUAUGGGACUGGUGGUUAUAGGAAUACUGAAUGGGUCAAUUACUACAGCAUUAACUGUACUCAUUGUCAACUUGGACGCCUCUGCAUUUGGCAACAAGGUAAAUACUUCCUUGUUCUACUAACUCUCCUGUUUUCUCGUUACUUCAGUUAGUGAUCUUUGGUCAUUAAGGCUGGACAUUCGUGUUUGUUCGGCGCCAGAUUUUACUUUGCAAACUGCCACAGAUAUUUCACUUCAUAACGUUGUCUUAUGAAAAUGUUUUAACACGCCUUGAUUAUUAUUUUUUUUACAAUAGACCUCUUUAGCUUGUACGUUUUGUUUUCCCAAUGAAGGUCUCAGGCGAUUCAUCCUCUUUUCUUUUCAUAAAUUAUGCGACGUAUAAAUUAUAUGCACGUGGAUAAGACAAAAUUUAAAAGAAAUAGUUCUCUGGAAAGUUAGCACGUGAUCUAGACUGGGAAACAAAACACACAACCUAAAGAGGUAAAGGGAAGAGUAAACUGUUGUUAGCAAUUUGGCCUUUUCAAGUUUCAUUAAAGCGGAGCUUUCGCGCGCGCGAAGCAGCGGCGCACCAUGGGUAAUAAGAUUUAGUUAUCUAGGCAUCCAAGAAAUUUUGAUGGUGACAAAAUCGUCCGCCAGUACCUCUAUCCCUUCGUGUUAGCAAAUGUGAAAUGUUACAGUUACUUGCUUGGAGUCCAACCCAUACACAGUCUGUGUUUACUUGACAUUGGACAUUCGUGUUAUGGUCAAUUGACAGCUGUUAAAAUAGGCUACCCGCUGACCAGUGUCACAAGACUGUAUCGCGGGCUCAGGUGUACAGAAAGAUAAAACAUCAUACGAAAUUUUUCCUUUUGGCCUUGGCUAAAUCUAUAUAUUACGUCUUACUUUCAAGGUUGCUGCCGUACAGCAUACUCCAGAGUAUCGGUUUGGAUGGCGCAAGAACUUUAAAAUGGAUAAUGGUAAUUUUUAAUAUGUGGUGUAUAGAUUUUGUAGAUAGCCUGAUAAAUCAACAGAAAUAAACGACUGAAGAGCUGUUAUUAAUACUCCAUCGUUUGUUGUUCUGGCAUGCUUCGAUCGGACAAGACAUUGCAUGGCCGCUAUCAACUUAUUGUAGUUAUAUACACCCUUCUUGUUUCGCGGUAUUGUGCUGCUAAAUGGAGUAUAUUCUAAUUCUCGAUAUUUUCUUAAUAUUUCGAAUGAUUACUUUCAGCUACGUACGCCUCGUUCCGUGAAGUGUUCUCAGCUCUGGAGAGUGGAAAAGUGAAACAUGCGCUAUUUGACACGUACGCAAUUGGCAGUGAGAAAGCUCUAUUUGAAGGCGCCCAUCACUUAGAAAUACAUGAGAUAUUUGACUACUCAUCCACUUAUGGAAUAGUCUUGGGCGCUGAAUCUGGUGUAUUGCAGAAAUGUUUCAAUAUGUUUAAGAAGAAGAACAUAAGGGAUAUCUUCGAAAAGAUUGAAGGGAACAUAGAUUCUAUCAAGGUAACUGGUAGAAAAAAAUCUUCCUUUUCUUUAAAUUCUCCCUCAAGUCAAACGAGAUGUCGGCGCGCCUAUAAUGAUAACUGUGAUAAUGGUGGUAAUGACGAUGAGGAUGAGAAUAAUGAUGAUGAUGAUGAUGAUGAUGGAUAAUAGCAGCUACCUUAAAAAAAAGUUUAGACAAUUAUUUUUGCCUUUUUUUUUCCUUUUAGAACUUCUUGUUAGGCUUUUGUACAUUAUGCUAGCACUUUUUCGAGCAUUUUAGUGAGGCAAAAGCAUUGAGCAUUAUUCGAGCAUUUUAGUGGCAUUUUCCCCGGAAAAUUAUUUUUUCCGAGAAAAUAGAAUAGAAAUUGACUUUUUUCAGGAGCCUUUGCCCCACGAGCUCCUGCGUUUUUAAAGAAAAUGAAGACUAAAACUCAAAAUUCACAAAAAACCUAAUACAGCUGGUUUUUUUUGGCUGUAUUUAUGAACUUGUACACGUUGUCGUUGUUACUUGCAACACUUGCACGUUUUUGUGAGUGUGAACUUUGAAAUUAAUUUUAAAAAAACCGUUUGUAUAGUGAGCAUUAUCCGAGCAUUUUAGUGACGUUUUUGGGGAGACCGAGCAUUUUAGUGGGAAAAAUGGAGCAUUAAGGUGGAGCAUUUUAGUGGGGAAGCAAAAGCAUAAUGUACAAAAGCCUACUUCUUGUUGAAAAGAUUCUUUAUACAGGACAGCUAAUUUUAGGGCCUGUUACAUGGAGGUGGGGGACCCCAGGUAGGUCAGGUAACCCGCCUGUCCAUAUAAUCUCUCAAUUUAAUUUGAUCACGUUUACAUCAUAGGUAGGGUAACCCGCCCCAUUUUACGUAACCUAUCUGGGGUGCCCCACCUCCAUGUAAAUAGGCCUUUAGUAAUCAGUUUAAAUUGUUUGUUUAAAAUAAUUUCACGUUUAUUCAUUUUAGAUAUACCUACUAAUUAGUAUCCGCUCUGAUGUUAACUUAUUUACUUUUUUCUUCAGCCUGGUAAAGAUUUGGCUAUUGAAGUAUCGACGGGUCUGUUCGACAUAUCGAGCUCGCUAUUCAAAACCACAUUACUGUAUUGUAGUUAUGCCCUUGCCACUGCAGUGGUUGCUGGUGUAAUUUGGGAAAUACGG